AAAAGCUGAUUGUUCUGUUCGCUAUCACAUUCCGCAUGAAACCAUAGCUGCUCGCAUUGCUUCGACCUGGCAACACAUAAGCUCGGUAUGAAACUGAUCAGCCUAGAAACUUCUAUCAGAACCGGAGAUACGAUCACAACGUAGAGAAAACUCAAGAAAGAAACAUUGCUUAAAACAAGAAAGAAGAAGAAAUCAUAAAAAAAACUUAACAAGACAGAACAGAACAGAAAGAAACGAUGUCACUUAUUUUUUAUCUCUUGCUGCUCUGUGGUCUAGCGAGAGCUGACUACUACACAACUGCUUCUGAAAUGGAAAAUUUACUAUUGCUAGAAAGGGAAUUGUCAAGAACCUUCCUUGAGUAUUAUAAGUCUCGUGUAAGAAAGCUGGACGAGCUAGAACGAUUUUUAGAUGGCUUGGACCAAGAGGUGGAAGUUGACAUUUCUCAUCCAACAAACUCGUACCUUUUAAUAAAGAGAUUUGUCCAAAAAUGGACAAACAUUGAUCAAUUUGGACAUGACGAAAAAGUAAAGACAGACUUCGAGAUGCUUAUUGCUCAAACUGACAGCAUAAUAGAAUUUAACGAUCGUUACGAGUUACAAGGAGCUGUUUUUGCUAUAAUGAAGACCCAAGAAAUUUACAACGUAAAAGUGAGCGAUUAUGCGAAAAAUUUUGGCGGAAAUGCUCAUAAUCUCACACCUGAGGACAUUUUGGAUAUUGGAAAAAAUGCUCAAAACUUGAAUUACUUUCAACUGGCGACAAUGUGGCUGGAAGAAGCACUCAAAUAUUACAAAAACAACGAGAAAGAAAAAUUAUCGUCGAUAUACGAGUACUUAGCCUGGACAACAUAUCAAUCAGGUGAGUUAGAAGCAGCUAUUGAUUAUACUCAAAACCAUCUGGAUUUGGUUAAAGAUUCAGCUGUAGCGGCUUGGAAUUUAUGGCAUUAUAAGAGGGAACUAGUCGCAAGUUUCAGCGAUCCCACUAUACGAAAAGAUCCGACUGUUCACGAAAAACCCUGGAAUAAACGACACAAGGUUUUAUGUCGACACGAAGAGGAAAUACCGAAAAUGGUAAAAAAAACUUUAUUUUGUGAUUAUUACGCGCCUCAUUAUCAGUUUUACUUGAAGCCAAUGAAAAGAGAGAUUGCAUACGACGAACCUAACUUGGUCAUUUUUCAUGAUAUGAUACUUGCACAUGAGAUAAAUCAUUUAAAAAAGGUCGCUCGCAACAAGCUCAGUACUGCGCAUGUCUACUCCAUGAUAGAUGGAAGGAGAAUGACCGCCAAUUACCGGAUAAGUAAAAACACUUGGAUUGAUGACAAAACUGACAUUUUUGUUGCUAAAAUCAUCAGACGAGUUGGAGCACUUCUAAACUUAGACAUGCGUUACAGCGAGCCUUUACAAGUAGCCAAUUACGGCAUAGGGGGAAAUUAUGAACCACAUUACGACUUUGCUACACCACCACAUAAUGCGAGUAUAUUUGGAGAUUAUGGUGAGCAUGGUAAUAGAAUGGCCACAAUGUUGAUUUAUCUAACUGAUGUAGAAAAAGGAGGGGACACCGUCUUCACUACGACAGGCCCUGGUCUUAUUGCCACACCAAAGAAGGGCUCUGCAGCAUUUUGGUAUAACCUUAAGCGGUCUGGGGAAGGGGAUUAUAAGACAAAACAUGGUGCGUGUCCCAUUUUAUUAGGUGAAAAAUGGGUGGCCAACUUGUGGAUACACGAGUACGGUCAAGAGUUGAGACGACCAUGUUCGUUAAAUCCAGACGAAUAAGAACCUUUCGCUUUUAUAAGAAGUAUUUAGAAGUAACUCCUAUUUAUAAACUGCAUAAAUCCUAUCAGGCAAUAGCUAAGUAACAAAAAUGAGAGCGUUUGUAGAGUUAUCUUAGACCAGUAAUAUAUAUUUGAAAUAUUUUACUGUUUACACGAAUUUUAUAAUUUUUUUUAUUCCGGAAAUAUAUUGUUCUAAAAAAUA